CGCGCUGCUGCUGGUGGCCGUCGCCGCGCUGCUGGUGGGCGUCACGGGCCACCUGCACCCUGGAGAGGUGUGUCCCGGCAUGGACAUCCGGAACAACCUCACCAGGCUGCACGAGCUGGAGAACUGCUCCGUCAUCGAAGGACAUCUGCAGAUCCUCUUGAUGUUCAAGACGAAGCCAGAAGACUUCCGUGACCUCAGCUUCCCCAAACUCGUCAUGAUCACCGAUUACUUGCUGCUCUUUCGGGUCUACGGGCUCGAGAGCCUGAGGGACCUGUUCCCCAACCUCACGGUCAUCCGCGGCUCCCGCCUCUUCUUCAACUACGCACUGGUCAUCUUCGAGAUGGUCCACCUGAAGGAGCUGGGGCUGCACAGCCUCAUGAACAUCACCCGGGGCUCCGUGCGCAUCGAGAAGAACAACGAACUCUGCUACUUGGCCACCAUCGACUGGUCCCGCAUCCUGGACUCCGUGGAGGACAACUACAUCGUGCUGAACAAGGACGACAACGAGGAGUGUGGGGACAUCUGUCCGGGCACCACCAAGGGCAAGACCAGUUGUCCUGCGACAGUCAUCAACGGGCAGUUUGUGGAGCGGUGCUGGACUCACAGUCAUUGUCAGAAAGUCUGCCCGACCGCCUGUAAGUCCCACGGCUGUACCGCCGGAGGCCUCUGCUGCCACAGCGAAUGCUUGGGCAACUGCUCCGAGCCCGAUGACCCUGCCAAGUGCGUGGCUUGCCGCAACUUCUACCUGGACGGCCGGUGUGUGGCGACCUGCCCGCCUCCCUACUACCACUUCCAGGACUGGCGCUGUGUGAACUUCAGCUUCUGCCAGGACCUGCACAAUAAGUGCAAGAACUCGCGCAGGCAGGGCUGCCACCAGUACGUCAUUCACAACAACAGGUGCAUCCCCGAGUGUCCCUCUGGGUACACGAUGAAUUCCAGCAACUUGAUGUGCACCCCAUGCCUGGGCCCCUGCCCCAAGGUGUGUCACCUCCUGGAGGGUGAGAAGACCAUCGACUCCGUCACAUCGGCCCAGGAGCUUCGAGGCUGCACCGUGGUCAACGGGAGCCUCAUCGUCAACAUCCGGGGCGGCAACAACCUGGCAGCGGAGCUGGAGGCUAACCUUGGCCUCAUUGAAGAGAUUACAGGGUACCUGAAGAUCCGCCGGUCCUACGCGCUGGUAUCACUUUCCUUCUUCCGGAAGUUACGCCUGAUUCGAGGGGAAACCUUGGAAAUUGGGAACUACUCUUUCUACGCCUUGGACAACCAGAACCUGAGGCAGCUGUGGGACUGGAGCAAGCACAACCUCACCAUCACUCGGGGAAAGCUCUUCUUCCACUACAACCCCAAACUGUGCCUGUCGGAGAUUCACAGGAUGGAAGAGGUCUCGGGAACCAAGGGGCGCCAGGAGAGGAACGACAUCGCCCUGAAGACCAACGGGGACCAGGCAUCCUGUGAAAAUGAAUUACUUAAAUUUUCUCUCAUUCGGACGUCUUCUGACAAGAUCAUGCUGAAGUGGGAGCCCUACUGGCCUCCCGAUUUCAGGGACCUCCUGGGAUUCAUGCUGUUCUACAAGGAGGCCCCCUAUCAGAACGUGACCGAGUUCGACGGGCAGGAUGCAUGUGGCUCCAACAGCUGGACUGUGGUGGACGUUGACCCGCCGUUGAGAUCGAACGACCCCAAGCCGCAGAACCACCCUGGGUGGCUGAUGAGGGGUCUCAAGCCCUGGACCCAGUACGCCAUCUUCGUCAAGACCUUGGUCACCUUUUCUGACGAGCGCCGGACAUACGGGGCCAAGAGCGACAUUAUCUAUGUGCAGACAAACGCCACCAACCCGUCUGUCCCGCUGGACCCCCUCUCCGUGUCUAACUCCUCAUCCCAGAUUAUCCUGAAGUGGAAGCCCCCCUCGGACCCCAACGGCAACAUCACGCACUACCUGGUCUACUGGCAGAGGCAGGAGGAGGACAGCGAGCUGUAUGAGCUGGAUUAUUGCCUCAAAGGGCUCAAGCUGCCCUCCCGGGCGUGGUCGCCGUCGUUCGAGUCCGAGGACGCCCAGAAACACAACCAGAGCGAGUACGAGGAGGCGGCGGGCGAGUGUUGCUCCUGCCCCAAGACGGACUCUCAGAUCCUGAAGGAGCUGGAGGAGUCGUCUUUCAGGAAGACCUUCGAGGACUACCUGCACAACGUGGUCUUCGUGCCCAGAAAGCCCUCGGCAGUCAGUGGUGCCCAGGACGCUAGGCCCUCUCGGAAACGCAGGUCCCUGGGUGAGGUGGCAAACGUGACCGCGGUAGUGCCCACUGUACCAGGCUUCCCCCACCGCUCCUCCCCCACCGUGCCCGUCCGCCUGGAGGAGCCCAGGCCCUUCGAGAAGGUCAUGAACAAGGAGUCCCUGGUCAUCUCCGGCCUGCGGCACUUCACUGGCUAUCGCAUCGAGCUGCAGGCCUGUAACCAGGACGCUCCAGAGGAGAGGUGCAGCGUGGCCGCCUACGUCAGCGCCCGGACCAUGCCCGAAGCCAAGGCGGAUGACAUCAUUGGCCCCGUGACCCACGAGAUCUUUGACAACAACGUCGUUCACUUAAUGUGGCAGGAGCCAAAGGAACCCAACGGCCUGAUCGUGCUGUACGAAGUGAGUUAUCGGCGGUACGGGGAAGAGGAGCUGCACCUGUGUGUCUCCCGGAAGCACUACGCCCUGGAGAGGGGCUGCAGGCUGCGCGGGCUGCAGCCGGGCAACUACAGCGUGCGGAUCCGGGCCACCUCCCUGGCGGGAAAUGGCUCCUGGACAGAAGCCACCUAUUUCUACGUGACAAAUUAUUCAGAUGUCUCAUCAAAUAUUGCAAAGAUGAUCAUUGGGCCCCUCAUUUUCGUCUUCCUCUUCAGUAUUGUGAUCGGGAGCAUUUAUCUAUUCCUGAGGAAGAGACAACCAGAUGGGCCGAUGGGGCCGCUGUAUGCAUCUUCAAACCCCGAGUACCUCAGUGCCAGUGACGUAUUUCCAUGUUCUGUGUAUGUGCCGGACGAGUGGGAGGUGCCUCGAGAGAAGAUCACCCUCCUGCGAGAGCUGGGGCAGGGCUCCUUUGGCAUGGUGUACGAGGGGAACGCCAAGGACAUCAUCAAGGGUGAGGCUGAGACGCGCGUGGCGGUGAAGACGGUCAACGAGUCAGCCAGUCUGCGAGAGAGGAUCGAGUUCCUCAACGAGGCUUCGGUCAUGAAGGGCUUCACCUGUCAUCACGUGGUCCGCCUCCUGGGCGUGGUGUCCAAGGGCCAGCCGACGCUGGUGGUGAUGGAGCUGAUGGCCAAUGGAGACUUGAAGAGCUACCUCCGUUCUCUUCGGCCAGAGUCUGAGAAUAACCCCGGCCGCCCUCCCCCUACACUGCAAGAGAUGAUUCAGAUGGCGGCGGAAAUUGCCGACGGGAUGGCCUACCUGAACGCCAAGAAGUUUGUACACCGGGAUCUGGCAGCUCGAAAUUGCAUGGUCGCCCACGAUUUUACCGUCAAAAUUGGAGACUUUGGAAUGACCAGAGAUAUCUACGAAACGGAUUACUACCGGAAAGGAGGCAAAGGCCUGCUCCCAGUACGGUGGAUGGCACCAGAGUCCCUGAAGGAUGGGGUCUUCACCACUUCUUCCGACAUGUGGUCCUUUGGCGUGGUCCUCUGGGAAAUCACCAGCCUGGCGGAACAGCCUUACCAAGGGCUUUCUAAUGAGCAGGUGUUGAAAUUUGUCAUGGACGGAGGGUACCUGGACCAACCCGACAAUUGUCCAGAGAGAGUCACUGACCUGAUGCGCAUGUGCUGGCAGUUCAACCCCAAGAUGCGGCCAACCUUCUUGGAGAUCGUCAACCUGCUGAAGGACGACCUUCAUCCCAGCUUCCCAGAGGUCUCCUUCUUCCACAGUGAGGAGAACAAGGCUCCUGAGAGUGAGGAACUGGAGAUGGAGUUUGAGGACAUGGAGAACGUCCCCUUGGACCGGUCCUCACACUGUCAGAGGGAGGAGGCCGGGGGCCGGGAGGGAGGGUCCUCGCUGGGCAUCAAGCGGAACUAUGAUGAGCACAUCCCGUAUACACACAUGAACGGAGGCAAGAAGAACGGGCGGAUUCUCACCCUGCCUCGGUCGAGCCCGUCCUAACAGCGCCCAUGCAGGGAAGGGCUUUGCGUGCUUUUCCACUUUCCUCCGGUGUGAACGCCUCCAGAAAACUCAGGAUUCUCAGGACUCGGCCCUGAUGUCAAACGGAGCUCAGAUUGUUCCCGGACAUUUCUGUUCGUCUUUUGACCUAAAGCAUGGGGAGGUGAUUGCCAGUUGGGCUUGUCGUUGUCGGAGGAUUUAACUGUGAACCUAGAGAGAAGGGCUUUCCACAGCUGCUGCCUUUUUUGGCAUAAACAGUUUCAAACCAGGACCCUUUUUCUGUUUUUGUAGGAGAUUGGGAAAAAAAAAAAAAAGCACCUGUUUUUACAAAGAUUUUUUUCUUUUGCUGGUGUCUGAGCUAUAAGAGAAAUCUUGUUUGUGGAACAAAAGUUGACAAGAAAGGAGACACAAAACCCUGUUCCAGGAGAAUUCCAAGCUUGACAGGGUGAGCUUUGAGGAGAUAUUUUUUUUCUCAUCCAGGUGGAAGGAUUUUAUUUUAUUGUAUUGUAUUUUAUUUUUCCUAUUCACAAAAUCAGCUCCUCAAAUUGACCAAUAGCUGCUGCUUUCACAUUUUUGAUAAAGGGUAUGCAGUCCCCGUGUGUGUGCACAUACACACACGUGCAUCGGUGUGCGUGUGUGUCCAGGUUAGAGACUGCUGGUGUGUGCGUGCGUGUGUGUGCGUGCAAAAUAUUCAUGCUGGACUGAUGCUUCGGGUAUUGGCUCAUGAAGGUUCUGCUGUUCGGUAUGUUUCAGCUCACAUCCUCCUCUCCCCUUCCUCUGUGUUUAUGGGAGACUGUGUGCUCCACAGAUUCUUCUCCUGUCAAAAAUCUUGCCUCAGGUGUCUUCUCUUCCUUCCCUUUGGGGACAAAAUGUUUCCCAGGCACCGAGGGAGAAGCAUUUAGUUUGGAGUGAUCGUCGAUCUUUGGAAGCUCAAAAAAGCCACAACAACAACAACAAAAAAAACAUGAAAGAAGAAAAAAGGAGAUUAAGAAGGAGAAGGAGAGGAGGAGGAGUAGGAAGAGGAGAGAAAAGAAUAAAGAGGAGAAAGAACUGAGGUGACAAGAGUAUUGAGAGUAUAUUUGCAACAUAUUUAAUUUUUCAGCCAUGUCUGGCUUUAGCGUCGUAAGUUAUUGACUAUUUCCUGGGUGUUGGGUGGGAGAUGGGGAGUGGGUCUGCCUGUAGGGGGCACAGGGAGCGAGGCAGGACGUCCCCCUUGUUUGGUUUUAAAGGCAUCUGCUUUCUGGGAAUUAAGCCACAUUAGCUGCUAACCCUUUCGGACAUCAUGGAGCCAUGUGGAGUAUGAGGGCGACUGGGUUUUGUUGACGGUCUGGUUCAGGUCCUAAGGUCUGCUGAAAGCUUCCUGCGCGGAGAAGCUGGUGAUUGCCUAGAGCUGAGCCUGCCUUCAGAACCCCAUGUUUAUCCACUGGUUCUCUGUGUGUACCUUACCUCCGAGGCGCUUCUUCUCCUGGGUUUGAACCCUCUUCAGCUAUUAUGCAACACAACAAAAUCUGGUCGCAAAGACCGACAAUGUGGAUGGACCUCAAAAAAUACGAAGCAAUAUUAAAGGAGAUGCCCUGAGAAUACCUGGUGGUGCCCCUCUACUCUUGGGGCAUCUGGCCAUCCUCAGAACCAAACUCCCAGAGCUACACUGUGCCCAGGGACCGCAGCUGGGCCCGAUGUGGUACCUGAGCAUAUUUCUCAGGUACUUAGGAUACUGCAAUCCCUAAGAGACUUCAAGUCUGGAGGAGAAACCAUCAAAGGCCUUCCCAUCAAUGAGAACUUCCACAUGGAUGUGAAUCCACUCUUUCUUCUUCAUGUGAAAAGAACCACAGCUGCUCAAGUGAAGAAUGUGGUGAACCCACUGCUUGGAUUCAUCCAGAUUAUCACCCACGGAUUGGCCCUGAAUGCUUUUUCUCAGACGUGUUUGAUUGCUUCCUUCUCUUCUUAAGAGUUGUGGGAAAGACAUAAUGGCAACCGCCGAGCUCUCUCAAUUCGUAAUUCAGAACACAGGUAGACACAAAUCCCAAUUGCAUAUUGUUAUUAUUUAUAUGAUUUGAGAAAUUACAGUGUGUAAAAUAUAGGUAGGAAACAUUCACGGUGGGUAUGAGAGGAGUACAGCAAUUAUUUUUGCCACAGUUAAUUUGUAAAUAGAAGAGGGUCUGUAUGUAAAUUAAAGACACACGUAGAUCCAGGUCUUUCGUUCUUUUCGUAGUGAAUUUGUAGUGGUCAUAUACUACAGUAGCAGCAAUUUUCACAUUUUUCUAAUUCAGAAAGGUUUUUCUUAUAUUACUGGGGGAAAGUAUUUAUUUUAAUAUAUAAAAUCACUCUAAAAUCACUUUCGUAAAAAGUAGAGUGCAUGUAAAUUUUUAUCAAGGAAAAAUAAACAGGUGAAUGUGGGUAAUGAUUUUUUAUCAGCACAGUCUACCUCAGUGUAUUGCUAGGAUGUGGUUCAAUACGGACAUCUCUGAGAUCACAAUUCUGUUUGGAUUCAAUCUGGGGAAACCGUUUGGAUCCAAUCAGGGAAAACAGGUAUCCGCUGAUUUUGAAUGCCAAGGUCCAGUAAGGAUUCUGAGGGAGGGAGCUGGGAUGGAGAAGUUGUAGCCUUCAUGUGAACAUAAAUUCUUUUACUCCUGGCUGAUAAUAUUCUCUUGAUUUGAUCUUCAUUUUAAAAAUGAAAUUUUCUAUCUUUGAUACCAUGCUCCCUAAACAUGAAUCAAGUUUAAGGCCAGGAGGAUAUAUCUGAUCUGUGCGGUACGUGGUCUAUCUCCCUUUGGUGACAGGUCAGUGUCCCCCGGCCUGUUGAAGCCAGGAUAAGCUUUGACUCACAGCCAGCACCUCACCGGUCCCACUGAGUACGCUGGGAGUGACCACAGAUGUGCCCAGGUUGUCUGAUGGUUCGUUUCCACUCCUUUCAGACUGUGAUGUUCUCUGUGGGCAGAAUGAAUUCUGUUCUCGGGCACCUCGUGUAUAACACCUGGAGCAAUGGCUUAUCUUUUUUCUGAGUGGGAAGGAGGCGUUUUGGAAAUCCCCAACUCAUCAGUAUACUGACAACAGAAACUUGGACCCCGUGUGAAGGUUUGGUUGACCUCAAGCUGAUGCUGAUUGACUUCGGCCCCUUUGAAAGCCCAUCUGAAACUCGAGGCAGAGCCGGCAGGGUUGCCGUCACACUCUGCAAACCUCACUGCUUUCAUACUCCUCGGCACUGCCCCUUCCAGCCUUACCUACCCUUCUUCACCUGCCCUGGAAGGCAGGAGAGCUCCGGGCCCACCCUGUGCAGAUGGGACUUCCCUGAUUACAUUCUGUCCGCUGCUGCAUGGAAAAGAACAGGCGGUGGAAGGGUUACAAAUUUCCUUUUGUCAUGAGGAAAUGUUGAUUUUGGAACAACAGAACUUUGGCUGUAGAAAGAUACAGGUGUCCUGGGAGGUGUAGGAAGAGGUCACCAAAAAGCCACGAAACCAGACUGGGUUGACACUUCCUGUUCUUCCUUAACAACGUGAAAUCCAUGCUGUCGUAGUUUCUUCUUGUAGGAGAUGAUUGCCAAACAUGGAUCAGUGAUGUCAGGUACAUACCAGGAAAUGCUCACUUGGGGGGAGCUGUCCUAGGUGCUGUUCUUUCGGUGGAAGUUACACGAGGGGAAGCAUUGCUGGUUCUCUGGAUAUAGGCUGAGCACCAUGGACUGAAAAGUGGGAACUGAUGCAAGGGUCUGCAUGUAAAAUGCUGUGACUGCUGGGAAUUAUGCCGCCAAUCACCGGACAGAUCUCCCACUCUAUCCUGCCAAGGCACCGCGGCAUGCACGUACUGGGUGGGGAGGUGUUUAUUUGCAGCCCGUUGUAACACCAGACACGGGGCAGUUUCAUCGUCUGCCCUGACAAGUGAAUGGGUGUGCCAUUGUCCCAGCAACAGUUAUUCUUCUGCUCCAUGGUGGGUGGAGCUUUGAGGUUCAGUGUGUUUUGGUACCAUCUGGCGAGUCCUUGACACCUCAGGCUCUUCGGAAAUGAUGGAUUUUUUGGGGUAGGGGAAAGAUGAAUGCUGAUUUUCAUAUAAAGGGUGCACCAAGAGCAGUGCCACCUCAGAAUGCUGAUUUACAGCAGAGGCAAGGAUGGAAAAUGGAAGGACAGACCAACAGCUGGUUAGAACACACACACAAAUAUGAUGGACUUCCAGGAGUUGUGACCCAAAGGCAAAUGUAUCUUGUGGGGUCCCUAAGACAUGGGGGGAAGUAAUGAGUUUAUUGUCACUUUCUGCUAACCAUCGAAGUCCAGAACCAGGCUCCAGCCAAAUUUUAUAUAAGCGUGGGCCAUAAACAUCCUUGACAAAAAUGAGAUCACGCAUCUAGGGCUCCUGGUCCCGUUCGGGAAGGAAGGAAUGGCUCCCUGGCGAGUGUGCACUCACGCAUACAUUCAGGAAUGGCUUGUUUCCGCGUUACAGCUCCUUGCGCCUUUUGUGUGCCUGGGUGGCUUCAGCCCUGCGUGUCGGCAGCGCAGGAUCCAGUGUGCCCCAGCUUUGGCAGGAAAUAACUCGGAAACAAAAAAAUCCACCCAAAGCUCAAUUAUUACUAUUUUUCAAUGUUUUCCUACAAGAGCCAAGUAGCACCAUGUACAGACUAUGCCUUUUGUAGAGGGAGGGGAACUGAAAUUUUUCUGCAUGUAAAAUAUGGGAUAAUUACUUGUUUAUAUUAAAAUUCUGAAUAAAUUCUCUGCAAAUGC